AUGGGUGCAAAUUUCUCAAACUUCAAUGAGAAGUCUCUUUAAUCAUUUAUACAUGGUGAGUAUGAAAAAGUCAAGGGUACUAAGAAGAGAGACUAUCUUGUGCUAAGUGACAUCAUUAGCAUCAAUCUACCUGAAGAUUAUCCAUUCAACUUCAAUCAUCUUGGAAAUCUGUUUUGCAUGGAUGCCAACAAGGAUGGAAGAUUUUCACAUGACGAUCUGAUGGAGUUUGCCUCAGUAGCUAUAAAGGAGGUCAAAAAGUACAAGCAGCAUGAGAUCAAUGCUUAGCUCUAAGCAUUCUGCACUUUGCAAAUGUGGACUACUGUGUGUGGCGAUGAAUCUAAAGAGAGUGACUUUGUUGCCUGGCUGAGUAGACUACUUUACGAGAAUUAAAGUGUGAAGUACUUUGAACCAUAAUUGGACACUCCCUUUAUCGGAGCUGAGACCAUUAAAGCUCUGUAUGAGAUUCUGAACAUGAGACAAACCCAUAACAUUGAAUUUCAAACCUUCUUUGCAUUGAUGUAGUAAAGUGGCGAAGAAAUGGGAUUAAUGAAUGUAGAGGAGGAGGAUUAGGAUGAUUAUGUGCCUUUGCCAGUGAUUUAGAUGUUCUCUAAGAACUUUAUCUAAGGCUUUUCUAGGUUAAUGAGUGAAAUUGGAUUCACCAAUCACAAUUGA